UGGUGAACAACCCUGUAUAAAAUAGAUAUUUACUUAAAGAAUUAGAACCAAAUUUGAACGAACUACUCAGAUAUUUUUAAAAUUCCUUAAUUCGUUGAGAAAAAAUAAAAAUAUGACAACGGUGUAAAAAGUUUACUUAACCCAUUAUCUAUGACUUAAUUAACCUUUGACUCUGUGCCUUUGACUUUGACAGUUUGACUUAACCUAACAUAUCAUCUUAUAUAUUUCUCCGGUUUCUCCCUAGCAAAAACAUAUUAUUUUUAGUCUAUUUUUGCAGUUGUUGAUCAUUAUAGUACUUAUUUUGAACAAUAAUGGCCUAUUCUGUUGAAUUGGACGAUGCAACCCAAUCAAUAAUUACUAUGCAGUUAUUUGAGAAUGUCAAGAACACUUCCGAAUUGAGGAAAAAAGCGAUGUCAGGAAAAUUGGAAUGUUGUUUAAUAAAAUCUAAUUUGAUUUUCGAUCCUUUUCAAGUAGUAGUUGCCGCUAAUAAAGCCUUGACACACAAGAAAAGAACAACAAAGAGUAACUACACUGAAAUCCUAUUUAAUUUAUCCUUAUCUUCAAACAUAACCCAAAGUUUACAAACAUUUGGAGUAGCAGACAGUGAUACAAAUAUUUUAGUUGUGGUAAUAUCUAAGAAAAAUGAUACAGAUAGUGCCAAAGAAAUUUUUAGUGAAAUUGACGGUGAUAUUCUCGAUAUAUCUGAAUUAAGUUGUAUUAAUGAUAGGUUAGCUAUUAAAAAACUAUAUAAAAUUAGUGACGUAGAAUACCAUAAUAUUGAUUUAUUGGACUCAAUUGUUAGUAGGAUAGCAACUAAAGAUUAAAUAAAUAUAUUGUUAAAAUUGAUA